AAUUUUCACAGAGGAUUAUUCCAUUUUAUAGAACUUCAAGAUUUAGACACCUCUACUGUAAUCUCCCUCCUUCGCCUCUCUCCAAUGCCUUCAGAUCCUGAACCUCCUUCAAAAACUGGUAGCAUUACUUGCCGUCGGAUCCGGCUCCGGCUCCGGCUCCGGCGGAGGAGGAAGCUCCCGAUCGUACGCCUGGGCGGGGAUGCGGAUGCAACGCCGCAGCAAGGGGAAGAGCUGGUCAGUAUGACACAGAAGAUGAAGGUGAAGCUCAAAGACUACUACCAUACGGUGGUGAAGGAGUUUGUUGAAGCAGGAGGGAGCGUCAACUCUCUCCAGCAGAAGAUCAUGAUGGAGAGCUCCUUCACAGUUCCGAUCAAAGGAGUCGCCGUUUGUAGCUUUCCUUCUGUUUCCGGCGCCUGAGCAGCGAAGCGCCGCGGAUGAGCGGCUUAUGAGGUCGCUGUUUCAUGUUGUGUACUUAUUCAGUGAAACUGGAAUAAAUAAGAAUGGAAGGUCCGUUUUAAGAUUUUAUUUAUUUUUAGUAGGUGUGUAUUCCUUCUUUUGUUUGGCU